AUGGCGGCGGCGGGCCGGUGGCGGGCCGGGCUGGCCCUGCUGGCCGUGGCGCUGGGGCUCUGCGGGACGGGCGCCGAGCAGACCGAGGAGCACCUCAAACGCGAGCACUCGCUGUCCAAGCCGUACCAGGGUGUGGGCUCGGCCAGCUCGGGGCUGUGGGACCUGCUGGGCAACGCCAUGGUCAUGACCCAGUUCAUCCGCCUCACCCCCGACGUGCAGAGCAAGCAGGGAGCCGUGUGGAACCGAGUGCCCUGUUACCUGCGGGAUUGGGAGAUGCAGGUGCACUUCAAAAUCCAUGGGCAAGGCAAGAAGAACCUGAACGGAGAUGGCUUUGCCAUCUGGUACACUAAGGACAGGAUGCAGCCAGGACCCGUGUUUGGGAGCAAGGACAACUUCCUGGGGCUGGGGGUGUUUGUGGACACCUAUCCCAACGAGGAGAAGCAGCAGGAGGCUCAGAAGAGGAGGUACAGCCCUGGAAACCAGCGUGUGUUCCCCUACAUCUCGGCCAUGGUGAACAACGGCUCGCUGACCUACGACCACGACCGCGACGGGCGCCCCACGGAGCUGGGCGGCUGCACGGCCAUGGUGCGCAACCUCAACCACGACACCUUCCUGGUCAUCCGCUAUGUCAAGAGGAGGCUCACGGUGCUGAUCGACAUCGACGGCAAGCACGAGUGGAGGGAUUGCAUCGACGUGCCGGGCGUGCGCCUGCCCCGAGGGUACUACUUUGGGACCUCCUCUGUCACUGGGGACCUGUCAGACAACCACGACAUCAUCUCGCUGAAGCUGUACCAGCUGACAGUGGAGCGCACGCCGGAGGAGGAGAAGCGGGACAGGGAAGUGUUCCUGCCUGUUGUGGACAACCUGAAACUGCCAGGAAUGGAGGCACCCCUGGAGCCCAUGAGUGGCCUUGCCCUGUUCCUGAUCGUCUUCUUCUCGCUGGUGGCCAUCGUCUUCGCCAUCGUCAUCGGCAUCAUCAUCUACAACAAGUGGCAGGAGCAGAGCCGCAAACAUUUCUAUUGACUCGGAGAUUCCUGGCCUGGCCCAUCCUGGCCUUUUGCUGGCCACAUCCUGACUCCCAGGGCAUGAGGGACCAGCCAAAUCCCUGUGGGACUCUGGAUCCAGGUGGGGAUCACUCGCCUUCCCUGCUGGAUUCCCUCGCUGGAGAGAGAGAAUUCCCAGCACCUCCUUUUGUGUGGCCACCAGAGCCCCCCAUGGACAAGCCCCUGUGGGCUGGGAGGAGCUGGGUGCUGCUGGAUCUCCCAGAGGGAUGAGUUUUCCCGGCUGGAUGAGCCAGGUGCUGCCCCCUCCUCACUUUGGGGGUUCCCACUCCCCAUUUCCCAGCAUGUGGCUGCCCCUGCAUGUGGUGUCCUGGCUCCAGGGCCACUGCUGAGCCAGGGAGCCGGGGGCAUUCCUACCUCAGGGACUGCUGGCCUCUCCUUCGCCCCUGGAGGGGUCACUGGGUCCCCAGAGGGGUCAGCAGAGGGGGAGGGUUGGAGCAGGGCUGCUCUGGAGACUCAGAGUUUGAGAUGGCAGCACCCUCCUCGCCAGGAUCCAGGAGAACAGAGUCCAGUCCUGCAGCUUUGCAAGAUAUUGCCACCCAAAACAAAUCCCCAAAACAAUCUCAGUGGCCCCUGGGCCAGGGGAGGACUGGGGGGGGAUUUUCCAUGCUGGAACUGGUGUGGUGGGAGCUGUUUCUAAGUGCCCAAGGGGGGUUGUGGCACCCAAGAUGAGUUUUCCUGGUGUUUUGCCUUUUAUUUUAUUUUUUGUUUUGUUUUUUUGGAGAUGGCCUCUCCCUGGAGCUGUACCCGGUGUUUGGAAUAAACGCUGAGGGCUGUGUG